GGGGUUUGCGCCGAAAACGGAUACUUCAGCUGUGUAUAUAUACACGUAGUAGCGAGGGAGGGUUUUUGUCUUCAUCAUUUUGAAUUGAUUCGAAGCCGUAGGAAAAAGUUGAGAUGGAUAGCAAUAGUUGGAGGGCGGCGCAGCCUCUUUCACAGGUUAAGGGUGGUGACGCCACCGGCAUAGCGGCUGGGCGGGCUGCACCAGCACCGGCUUCAGGAGCCAUGGAGACUGGCGAUUGGCGGGCCCAACUCCGACCGGAAUCCAGGCAAAGGAUUGUUAACCAGAUAAUCGAGGCCUUUAAGCGGUAUCUUCCGUCCGCCGCACAACAGGGGCUGCAAGAACUUAUGCAAAUUGGGGCGAGAUUUGAGGAAAAAACUUAUGCGUCCGCUACAAAUCGGAGCGAUUAUCUGCAGAAGAUAUCCCUAAGGUUGUCUUCAUUGAAGUCAAAAUCAUCGCAAAACCCUACGGCUAUGGCUAAUCCUGUGCAGAAGCAAAACUUUCAACCUACUCCCGAACCAUCAUCAUCCACGUCUUUAGAUUCAACCGCUCAAACGGGAAUCACGCAUUCGGGUGAUUGGCGGGAAGAGGCUUACCAUAAGCUCAAGUGCUUGAAAGAGGCAUAUUUUAUGGAUCUAAAUGAAUUGUUCCAUAAGAUAUCUAGUAAAGUGGCUCGGUAUGAUUCUCUUCCCCAACAACCCAAAAAUGAACAAAUGGACAAGAUGAAGCAUUUGAAGGGCGUGAUGGCGCGACUUUUACAUACGUUGAGGCUUGAAAAGAAAGACAUUCAACCACAACACAAAGAAAAACUGGUUCAGGUUGAGGGGCUGAUAUUUUAUUUUCUUAGCCCCAACCGGACCGGGAAGCCUCAGCCUUCACAAAAUCUUGAUGGCCAAAUUAAUCUGCACUCUCCUCUAAAUUUACCAGGCACAAUGGCUUCCAUGCAGCAGAACAAUUUGAACAAUCCCAUGUCUUGUAUAACUGCAGUCACAAACUCCCAGCAAAACACGCUAUCUUCAAUGCACAUUGGAGCUAGCAUGGACAUGGUGGGGCAGGGAAGAUCAUCAAGUUCACUGCAGCAGGUUUCUUGUGGUGCUUUACACCUAACUUCUAUCAAUGGUCCUCAACUAAUGAACCUGAGCUCGUUUUCAUCACAAAACUCCAAUAUGCUACAGCAUCCUCGGCAACAUGAUCAGCAAAUGCUGCACAACCAACAGCUCAGACAACAGAUUCAACAGCGGCAGAUUCAGAAGCAAGGACUGCAGCAGCAGCCAUUAAAGCAAGCCCCAACUCCACCAGCUGCACAGCCGGUGGCCCAAUAUCACCAAAUGGUUGAUACAACGAAUGGUGUAAAUAUGAGGCAGCAGCACAUAGGUGGCAACAAACCAGGUGUCUUCCAGCAGCAUCAGCCACUUGGCCCGAGCGUGGCUUUGCAUCACCCCCGGCUAAAUCCGAGUAUAUCUUCACCUCAAUUUCAUCAGGCAUCAUCUCCUCAGCUUUCCCAGCACCCUUCACCUCAAUUUGACCAGCAAAAUAUUUUGACAUCUCAUACAAAAAUGGGAACACCUCUUCAAUCAGCCAGUUCACCUUUUGCCCAAUCUCCUUCUGCUCCCUUGGUUCCAUCAUCAAUGCCAGUGGACUCUGAAAAAGUUAUGCCAGUGAAGUCUGAAAAAGUUAGCAUGGGUGGCGCUCCAUCUCUUCUUGGUCCUGGGAAUAUAGGGAUUCAGCAAACAACUUAUGCAUCGGCUCAGUCUCUAGUUAUUGAUACUCCCGGGAUAUCAACGUCGCCACUGCUUCCAGAAAUUAACAGUCUAGAUGGUGCACAUGCAAAUCUAUCAACUUCCAUUUCUGGGAAGUCAACAGUUGAGCAACCUAUUGGACGCUUGGUUAAUGCAGUAAGAACACUGUCAACUAAGGCAUUGAGAACCUCUGUUAAAGACAUCAGCUCUGUCAUAAGUAUGAUGGAUAGAAUAGCUGGACCAGCACCUGGAAAUGGCUCUAGAGCAGCUAUCGGUGAAGAUUUGGUUGCCAUGACGAAACGUCGGUUGCCUGCAAGAAAUUUCUACACACAUGAUGGACCCACUGGAACAAAAAGAAUGAAAUGCUAUACUACUUCAAAUGUAGUGUCAUCUAGUGGGAGUGUUAAUGAUGGAUUUGCACUAUGGGAUUGCACUGGAACAUCUGAUUUGGAGUCUACAGAAACUUCCAGCAUUCAAAAACUCAAGGUUAACCAUGCAUUCAUCGAAGAGAUAAGGGAGAUUAAUCAGCGACUGAUUGAUACUGUUGUGGAAAUAAGUGAUGAACCACGUGUUCUACCUUUUGCGGCUGAUGGAGAUGAAGGGGGUACCAUGGUUACGUGCUCUUUUAUGGCAGUGUCUCUCAGUCCAGAUUUAAAAUCGCAAUGUGCUUUGGCUCAAGUGUUGCCUAUUCAGUCAUUGAGAUUGCUUAUUCCCACAACUUAUCCAAACUGCUCCCCAAUUUUCUUAGAUAGCUUUCCAGUUGAAGUCAGUAAAGAAUAUGAAAAUGUGUCUGGCACGAUUAGAUCAAGGCUUUCUACCGCCCUUAGAAGUCUUUCAGAACCGAUGUCAUUGGGAGACAUUGCAAGGGCCUGGGAUUGUUGCACUAGGGCAACUAUUUCCGAUAGUGUUCAGCAAUGGGGCAGGGGAAGUUUUAGCUCCAAGUAUGGUACAUGGGAAGAUUGCAUCACCACAGCACCCUAACCAUUACUCUUGCAAUGAAUUUAGAGAUUAGUAUGUUUGUAGUAUGGAACAUUCCUUCGUUUAAUAUGUCUUGUGUGGAACAUCUCUUUAAAACAUGUACAUCAUCCUUGUAUCAAAAACUGAGGAAAUGUAAUCAUUUAUCUUAUUCUUGAUCCCAAAAGAAGUAUACUACUGAAAGUGAUUUGAUAUAUGUGUGUGUGUCGAAAUUUUUGUGUGGUCAAAUCAAUUAAACGAUUACAUUUCCAGGAGUAGCUAUUGGUUAAGAUUUGUGUCGUGUGUGAAUGGGCAAAUUAUACCGUAUGACCGGCAUACCAUGCGCAUGGUAUGCCCGGUCUAAAACGGCAUCGUUUCACAAUUAAAAAAGAUAGCAGAGCUUCGUUCUUAUUUCAAUUUCAUCUUAUUAUUUCAUCGUUCAUCGCUGCGGAGCUUCCCUCAAAGAGAGAUGCUGAUGGAUCUAAAUUAAAGGCAGGGUCGAUCAUCAAUGGGGGGCCUCUGGUGUGAAGGUCUUUUUCCAGCAAAGAAGGAGAGAUGAUGUGGAAUUAGGGUUUUAAUCGCCGAUUGAACGACGGAGGGGAUUGAGAAACUUCAAUAUCGAUGUCGGAAUCGAUCACCACACAUCCCUGGAGUUAUCCGAAACAAUUAGUUGCGUGUAAUCUCCAGGCAUGCUCUCUAUUCACCAAUUGAAGAAACAUCAAAUAGGGUUGUGGAGAGCUCUCCAUUCGCCAAUUGCAGAAACAUCAAACAGGGUUGUGAACUUCGUAUAUCUUUGGCGGAAGUUACAUCUGUAUAAAGGCCAUUUACAUUGGAAUGGCCUAAAGUUACAUUUCAUAUACACUAGAAUUACAUCUCGUUUUGGCUAAACUACAUUUUGUAACACGCGUUUCACAUUUCAAUUUUCCUUGAUAAGUUACAUCUUGUUCACAUGUUAUUUACAUUUUAAUGUACACAAGUUACAUCUUAAUACAUGCGAG